GGGCCGCUGGGUGUCUGUGCGGGGCGUCGUCCUCGGGGCUGCGGGGCCAUUCGUGUUUUGCCUCGUUAAGGCCAGAAUCGGGAGAGAACACGGCCUCCGCGGGUGUCUGGGACUCCCAACAUUGACGGACAGGACACAGGGAGAAGGAUCGUGGGGGACACGGAACAGUCCGGGCCGGGUCGUAAAAUGGGAGCAGUUGGCGUGGAAUUCCCAUGAAUGAAGAAUUAAAACUUAUCUCAAGACUCCCAGAACGUACUAGCGGUCUGCGCCACCUUGAACGAGCCGUGGUUGUUGCUGAUAGGCUCUUAAUUUGCAAUCCCUGCCAAUUCGGUCGGUAAUCCUUUAUGGUCACGCCAGGGACACAAGUGAUGGAGCGCAGGCCGUGCGGGGUCCUUGGAGCCGCUCAGUCAUCGUAGCUGAGGGUCUCCGUCCUGUCUAGACUUCGAGUUGUGAGCCAGGGGCCGGUGUCUGAAGGCGUGCGACGUGGAGAGGUGUGGAGAGAUGGCCUGUGCUGGGCCACGUUGCAGACCUUGAGUGUCACGCCCUGGCCAUCUGACCGGGUACGUGCACUGUCUGUGUUUCCCCCCUAGUGUCUGCGCCCACCUGGACUUGGACAAUCAGAGAUGGCAGAGACGGCGCCAGCACCGACCGCCGGCAGCCCGUGGUAUUCUCACCCUGUGUAUUCGAGGUACUGGCAACAUUACCACCAAGCCAUGGCCUGGAUGCGAAGCCACCGCGACGCCUACCGGAAGGCCGUGGAGUCCUAUUUCCGUCCCCUGUGUCACUUGGCUCCCGGGGUUCAGCCCCGAAGUGCGUACGACGGUGAGGCCGGGCGCCCUCGGCUCCGCUCCGGCCGUCCGGUGGUCUCGGGGGACGUCCCCUGCACGCGGCUUCCACCUGACGGCGGUAGGACGAUGGGGGUUUCCGUAAGAGAAGACCAGACUGUGUCCGAGGAGGAGCAGGACGGGGAGGAGCUGGCGUCUGAGUCGGACGGGGAGGUCGAAUGCGACCUGAGCAACAUGGAGAUCACCGAGGAGCUGCGCCAGUACUUCGCGACGACCGAGCGGCACCGCGAAGAGCGACGGCGGCAGCAGCAGCUGGACGCGGCGCGCCUGGACGACUACGUGGACGCCGACCACGACCUGUACCGCGACACCCGGCGCUCAGCGGAGCCGCCCACGGAGAGGCCGGGCGAGCGGCGCCGGGCCGAGAUGGAGCUGCUCUACGGGGAGGGCGCGGCCAAGAUCCAGGCCAUGGAGGCCGCCCUGCAGCUGGCCUUCGACCGGCGCUGCGACCGGAGGCUGCCCAAGUACUGGCCGGUCAUCCCCCUGCGGUUCUGAGCGCCCCGGCCUGACGCUUUGGGGUUCAUGUUUCCUUCUGUCCAGCCCGGCCGAAGUAUACAAACGUCUUCCGUGUGCGCACGCUGUGUCCGCGACCCCACGUCCUCUGGACGCCGGUCAGCGGUGAAAGGUGUCCGGCUUCGCGGCCCACGUGGUCUGCGUCUUGGCCAGGCAGACCUUUCUCUCUGUCUCUCUCUCUCACUGUCUAUCUCUGCUGUGGCCCAGGAGGUGGCUAUCUUGGGAGUCAGAGAGUGGCCAUCAUGGGAGUGAGACGGCGGCCAUCUUGGGAGUGAGAGGGUGGCCAUCUUGGGAGUGAGACGGCGGCCAUCUUGGCAGUGAGACGGCGGCCAUCUUGGGAGUGAGACGGUGGCCAUCUUGGAGGGUGAACCAACGGCAAAAGGAAGACCUUUCUCUCUGUCUCUCUCUCUCUCUCACUGUCUAACUCUGCUGUGGCCCGGGAGGCAGCCAUGUUGGGAGAUGGCAGCCAUCUUGGGAGUGAGGUGGCGGCCAUCUUGGGAGUGAGAGGGUGGCCAUCUUGGCAGUGAGACGGCGGCCAUCUUGGGAGUGAGAUGGCGGCCAUCUUGGAGGGUGAACCAAUGGCAAAAAGGAAGACCUUUCUCUCUCUCUCUCACUGUCCACUCUCCCUGUCAAAAAUAAAAAAAAAAAGACAGGCCAUGGGCCAGAUUUGCCCUACGGCUGGUAGUCGGCCAUCGGCUACUCUAACGGGAUGAACAUCGACUCUCUGACGUCAUUAUUGUCACCUCCUCAUCUCUGCAGAGCUUGAGUGUCACCCAGAAUCGAGGCGAAGAACUGUGGUUCCCAAAUCUGGCCACGGGUGCAGUCUCCUCUGUUGUCGAAAAGGCACCGUUGAGUUCCUACUAAAUGUUUAACAAAUAUUAUUUUGAUAAAGGUACAUUGCUCUUUUUUUUUUAAAUUGACAGAAUUCGACAGAGAGAGAGACAGAGAGAAAGGUCUUCCUUUUUGCCGUUGGUUCACCCUCCAAGAUGGCCGCCGUCUUGCUCCCAAGAUGGCCGCCACCUCACUCCCAAGAUGGCUGCUGUCUCCCUCCCAAGAUGGCUGCCGUCUCACUCCCAAGAUGGCCACCUCCUGGGCCACAGCAGAGAGAGACAGUGAGAGAGAGACAGAGAGAAAGGUCUUCCUUUUUGCCGUUGGUUCACCCUCCAAUGGCCGCUGUGGCCGGCGCAUCUCGCUGAUCCGAAGCCAGGACGGGGCCCAGACGUCCCUGGCUUCGGUUCGGCGCAGCGCCGGCCGUAGUGGCUAUCGGAGGGGGUGAACCGACGGGAGGAAGACCUCUGUGUCUCUCACUCUCUCAGUGUCUAUAACUCUACCUGUGAAAUUAAAAAAAAAAAAGAUUUAUU